CAGCCGCCAUCUUAUCCGCCAUUUGCAAGCGGCCCCGAGCAGGAGUGCGGCCCCUGCUCAGCGGGUCGGCGCUUCCGCCGCCGUCCACGGACUCCCGCCGCUGCCCUGGCUUGGGAGCCUGCCCCGACGUGGCGGCCGGCAGCGCAGUGCUCCGUGGGCGGCAGGUGUGGUCUCCGGGCUCCCUCCCUGCUCUGCGGGCUUCUCGGGGCAGUAGCCCGUCACCCGCUGAGAUGGCCCUUAAGAUGGUCAAGGGCAGUAUCGACCGCAUGUUCGACAAGAACCUGCAAGACCUGGUCCGUGGCAUCCGCAACCACAAGGAGGACGAGGCAAAAUACAUCUCUCAGUGCAUUGAUGAAAUCAAGCAAGAACUGAAGCAGGACAACAUUGCAGUGAAGGCCAAUGCUGUCUGCAAGCUGACAUAUCUACAGAUGCUGGGGUACGACAUCAGCUGGGCAGCCUUCAACAUCAUAGAAGUGAUGAGUGCCUCCAAGUUCACAUUCAAGCGGAUUGGCUACCUCGCUGCCUCCCAGAGCUUUCAUGAGGGCACUGAUGUCAUUAUGCUGACCACCAAUCAGAUCCGCAAGGACUUGAACAGCCCCAGCCAGUAUGACACUGGCGUUGCACUGACUGGUCUGUCCUGUUUUGUCACCCCAGAUCUUGCCAGAGACCUGGCAAAUGACAUCAUGACACUGCAGAUGUCGCACACCAAGCCUUACAUCAGGAAGAAGGCCGUGCUGAUCAUGUACAAGGUGUUCCUGAAGUACCCCGAGUCACUGCGCCCUGCCUUCCCCCGGCUCAAGGAAAAGUUGGAAGACCCCGACCCUGGGGUUCAGUCAGCUGCUGUCAACGUCAUCUGCGAGCUGGCCAGACGUAACCCCAAGAACUACUUGUCCUUGGCCCCGCUGUUUUUCAAGCUGAUGACCUCGUCUACCAAUAACUGGGUCCUCAUCAAGAUCAUAAAGCUGUUUGGUGCUCUGACCCCUCUGGAGCCACGGCUGGGCAAGAAGCUGAUCGAGCCUCUGACCAACCUCAUCCACAGCACGUCUGCCAUGUCCCUUCUAUAUGAAUGUGUGAACACUGUGAUUGCAGUGCUUAUAUCUCUGUCCUCCGGCAUGCCCAACCACAGUGCCAGCAUCCAGCUUUGUGUUCAAAAAUUAAGGAUAUUAAUAGAAGACUCUGAUCAGAACUUGAAAUAUCUGGGGCUGUUGGCCAUGUCUAAGAUCCUGAAAACACACCCCAAGUCUGUGCAGUCCCACAAGGACCUCAUCCUGCAGUGUUUGGAUGACAAGGACGAGUCCAUCAGGCUGCGGGCCCUCGACUUGCUGUACGGGAUGGUAUCUAAGAAGAACCUAAUGGAGAUUGUCAAGAAGCUGAUGACCCACGUAGACAAGGCUGAGGGGACUACCUACCGUGAUGAGCUGCUCACCAAAAUUAUCGACAUCUGUAGCCAGUCCAACUACCAGCACAUCACCAACUUCGAGUGGUACAUCAGCAUCCUGGUGGAGCUGACGCGCCUGGAGGGAACUCGCCAUGGCCACCUUAUUGCUGCACAGAUGCUGGAUGUGGCCAUCCGUGUGAAGGCCAUUCGCAAGUUUGCUGUGUCCCAGAUGUCCUCACUGCUUGACAGUGCCCACUUGGUGGCCAGCAGCACCCAGAGGAAUGGGAUCUGUGAGGUGCUGUAUGCCGCUGCCUGGAUCUGCGGGGAGUUUUCAGAGCAUCUGCAGGAGCCCCACCACACACUGGAGGCCAUGCUGCGGCCCAAAGUCACCACGCUGCCUGGCCACAUCCAGGCUGUGUAUGUGCAGAACGUUGUCAAGCUGUACGCAUCCAUCUUGCAGCAGAAGGAGCAGGCCUCAGAAAUGGAGGCAGCCCAGGCGGUCACCCAGCUCAUGGUGGACCGGCUGCCCCAGUUUGUGCAGAGCGCAGACCUGGAGGUGCAGGAGCGGGCGUCCUGCAUCCUGCAGCUGGUGAAGCAUGUCCAGAAACUACAGGCCAAGGGUGUGCCUGUGGCAGAAGAAGUGAGUGCCCUCUUUGCUGGGGAGCUGAAUCCGGUGGCUCCCAAGGCCCAGAAGAAAGUUCCAGUCCCUGAAGGCCUGGACCUGGAUGCCUGGAUCAAUGAGCCCCUCUCAGACAGUGAGUCUGAGGAUGAGAAGCCCAAGGCCAUGUUCCAUGAGGAGGAGCAACGGCAUGCCAAACACCGGCCACCAGAAGUGGAUGAGGAAGAGCUGGCCCGGCGUCGAGAGGCCCGGAAGCAGGAGCAGGCCAACAACCCGUUCUACAUCAAGAGUUCUCCAUCCCCACAGAAGCGCUACCAGGACGUACCAGGCGUGGAGCACAUCCCGGUGGUGCAAAUUGAUCUCUCAGUCCCGCUGAAGGUCCCAGGGCUGCCCCUGUCGGACCAGUAUGUGAAGCUGGAGGAGGAGCGGAGGCAUCGGCAGAAGCUGGAGAAGGACAAGCGCAGGAGGAAGAAGAAGGACAAAGAGAAAAAGGGCAAGUGCUGCCACAACUCGCUGCCCACUGAGAGUGAUGAGGACAUUGCACCUGCUCAGCAGGUGGACAUCGUCACAGAGGAAAUGCCUGAGAAUGCUCUGCCUAGUGACGAAGAUGACAAAGACCCCAACGACCCCUACAGGGCCCUGGACAUCGACCUGGAUAAGCCCUUGGCCGACAGUGAGAAGCUGCCUGUGCAGAAGCACAGGGACACUGAAACUUCCAAGUCCCCUGAAAAGGAAAACGUUGCUGUGGUAGAAAAAAAGAGCAAAAAACUUAAAAAGAAAGAGAAGAAGCAUAAAGAAAAAGAGAGAGAGAAAGAGAAGAAAAAGGAGAAGAAGAAGGGCGAGGACUUGGACUUCUGGCUGUCUACCACCCCACCACCUGCCACACUCCCAUCCACGGACACACCGCUCAGUGCAAACACAAGCAUCGUAGCUGCCCCCAAAGAUGAGCUGGAAGAACCCAAGAGAGAGGCACAGGACGAAGAAGAUGACGAGGACCAAGACCAGGAGAGGAAAUCUUCCAAGCAUAAGAAGAAAAAGCAUAAGAAGGAGAAGGAAGAAAGGUCCAAGGACAAGAAGAGAUCCAGGAAGAAGCCACCAGGCAGCGAGGAGGCAGCCGGGGAACCUGUGCAGAAUGGCACGCUCGAAGAGGGACCUCUCCCGCCUAUGUCUAGCUACUCGCUUCUUGCUGAAAAUUCCUACAUUAAAAUGACAUACGAUGUGCAGAGCAGCCUGCAGAGGGACAGCCAGGUCACUGUGGCUGUCAUCCUGGAGAAUCGGAGUAACAGCUUCCUCAAGAACAUGGAGCUCAAUGUGCUAGAUUCACUCAAUGCGAAGAUGGCCCGGCCAGAGGGCGCCUCUGUCCAUGAUGGUGUCCCCGUGCCUUUCCAGCUGCCUCCAGGUGUCUCGAACGAAGCCCAGUUUGUAUUCACCAUUCAGAGCAUCGUCAUGGCCCAGAAGCUCAAGGGUACCCUUUCCUUCAUUGCCAAGGAUGACGAAGGCGCCACCCAUGAGAAGCUGGACUUCAAACUGCACUUCAGCUGCUCCUCGUACUUGACCACAACGCCCUGCUACAGUGAUGCCUUUGCCAAGUUGCUGGAGUCUGGGGACCUGAGCAUGAGCUCGAUCAGAGUCGACGGCAUUAGUAUGUCCUUCCAGAACCUUCUGACAAAGAUCUGUUUUCACCAUCAUUUUUCUGUUGUGGAACGAGUGGACUCCUGUGCCUCCAUGUACAGCCGCUCCAUCCAGGGCCAUCACGUCUGUCUCUUGGUGAAAAAGGGUGAGAACUCUGUCUCGGUUGAUGGGAAGUGCACCGAAGCAACGCUGCUGAACAACUUACUGGAAGAGAUGAAAACUACACUGGCCACAUGCUGAGCCCACUUGGGAGCCCCACCUAAGCGCCUGUUGUGUAGCAGGCGCCAGUGGACCCGGAGAUCUGGUGCGUCUUGCCACUCCUCUGUUGUGUGUACAGUACCCAAGCCUGAGCAUUAAUUUAACUCCAUCAUCAUCUGCUGUUUAGACAUCAAGGUUGUGUGUCACGUUGAUUUAUUUGGCCAUCCUUUUCAUUUUGACUCUUCCCACUCUUUAGCAAGAAGCUCCAUUUCAGUCCCCAGACCAACAGGGGGAUCCCUGCCUGAGCCCACACUGGGGGCUGAGUCCUUGAAUGUGGUCAAAGGGACAGCCUGUGGAGCAAGUGCACCCAUCAUCUGGGCUAGGGGUCUAGCGGGCAUCAGGAUGAGGGGUGCAUAGCAGGCAGGACUGAUGCAGCCCCAUUUCCUCUCCUCCCUUGCCUCUUCCCUGAUAUCCUGACCAACGGUGUCUGCAUAGAGGUGAAGGGUGGGCCAACUGCUGUGGGAGGCCCUUCUCCCCAGAACCCAUGGUGGAGGCAUGGUCUGUAAGACUCAGGCCACUGGCCAUGCUGCAUGCAGGAAAUGGCCAUGGGUGCCAAGGAGGGGCUAUAGUCAGCAUCAUGAGAGGACUGGGCUGGACCUUUCCAUUUCCUUUUUUUCCUGGUUGACAGAUGUCUCUCUGGGCUUGGGUUCGGGUGAGUGGUUGAGUUGUCCAAUCCCACAUGCCCACCCUCUGCUCCCUGCCAUGCACACAAGGCUCCUCCCUGUGUCAUCCCAUCGCUGCUGGGAGGGCCUAGGCUGGACAUUGGAGGACAUAUAUGAGGACUGACCUCCAGAUAGGUCCCAGGAAUGUUGCCUGUGGGCAGAGUAGCCUCAUCAGGGAACCCCACCUGCCCGUUCCCCAGGUGACUACUGGGGCUAAGACUGAACGUUCCUUCCUCAGAGAUAAUGGUCCUCCAUGACAUUUUAACUUUUCCUUUUGAUGAAAAUUGUCACUUUAGCAUGUAGCAUAAUCUAUUACAGAAUCCCAUGUAUUGAUUCUAGAAUUUUGAAAUUGUAUGAUGUGUUACAUAAGAAUUUAUUUGCUAUUGACAUUCCCAUAUGAAGAGAGAGACAUAUCACGCUGCUGUAAUGAUUUUGUGUCAAGAUGAUCCAAUAAAGCUGCAAAAUAG